AUAGUAAAUCCAUACCUGUCUUUUCAACACCACCAUCAAUAUUAUUUUGUGAUUUACACUUGAUGCCGGGGGAGACUCGAACUUACACAUAUGAGGCUAGGCUACCGACAGAUUUACCCCCGACACACCGUGGUAAAGCAAUUCGAUUUAAUUAUAAUUUGAUAAUAGGAACUCAUCGAGGCGGGUUGAAUCAACAAUCACAUAUAGUUCAGUUACCUUUCCGUGUAUUUAACUUUGUUUCUGAUGAUGGUUCGAGGCCAGUUUAUGAUUUGAUGAAUCCAGUUAUUAUUUAUAAAGAUGAAGCUGUGAUAAAAUGUAAAGAAGAUAAUCCGAGGCGACCAUCAAUAGUAAAAAAGCGAGACAAUAAGCGUGAAGAAUUCAUAGAUUAUGUGACAAAGCUUGCUCAAAGCUCCGAAGAUGUGCAUUUAGACAUGGACAUGGACAAUAAAAGUGAUGGAAAGGGAGAUAGUGAUAAUUAUGUUUUUGUAGAGAAGGAUGUAAGCUCUCUUACCAACACAGCAAAUGUUGUAUCAAAUAACGCACGGAAAGUAAAUUAUGAUAUUUGUAAAAAUAAUCAGCGAGUGGCACAAUUAUGUCUUUUAAGGACAUUGUAUCGGUUGGGAGACAUUGUGAUGGGGACACUAAAUUUCAAUGAUGCUAUUAUACCUAGUUAUCAGGUAUCUAUAACAUUGGAGAAUAGUGAAUUGAUUGAAUCAUCUAUAGCUAAUCGCACACAGCAGCAAAUAUCGCGUUUGACACGCAAAAUACAUGGCGAACAUCAUGAAUUUUGUCUUAAUGCAUCACGUAUAAGUUUCUCUAUUCCUAUACCGACCAAUAGCACACCAGAUUUUGCGACUACAGGGGUGAAACUUCAAUGGAGUUUACGAUUAGAAUUUAUUACUGGAACUAAGAAUGAUUAUCCGUUAAUGCCGCUUAAUGCGGAUGAACGUCAUCAUUAUUAUCAAGCAAUCGAAGAUGUUAAUGUUGAAACCUUUGAUUGUUCCAUUCCAAUUAAAGUAUAUCCUACAUCAUGUGAAUCAGCACGGACAUUUCCUUCUCAACAUACUUUUCGUACAAUGCUCAAGGGGGUAUAUAUUCAAGACUUAGAAUUAUUCAGGAAACAUUCUUUCUAA